UUCGAUUGUGAAGGUAUAUUUUCUACAUGUAGAAACGAAUAUUUACAGAGUGUACGUGAUAGUUUAAGUUUGAGGGCAAAUUUUUCAAUUUUUUGCAUUAAUGUUAUGAAACCUUCUAAGCUUUGUGGAACAGUUAAUGAAUGUUUUCAGGCUAGUGAUUACUGUAAAGAUCUUGGUGUGUAUUUAAAUUACAUAGAUAAGAAGGCUCAGAAUAAAGAAAAAAGUUGUUUAUAUUUUUUUUACAAAUUAAAAGAUUUUGUGAAAAAUUUUAAUGGAAAAUGCAACACAACUGCAGAUUGCUAUAAUAUAAUAACUACAAAACCUAAUGUAUUAUCAGGGUUGGGGGCAUAUAUAAGAUACGAUGCAAUGCUUUCUAAUACCUGUAAAGAUUAUGCAUCAGAAAAUAAUAUAGAUAAUAAUACAUUUCAAGUUAUAAAUGAUUUGGAAGACCUACAUAAUAAAUUUAAUGCUUUAAUAGGUAUUAAUAGUGAAUAUAAUGAAAAUUCUUGUAGUACAUAUAAUGAUUGUAUGUCCAUAUACGAUAAGCUUUUAAAAAUAAACACAGCUUCACAAAAUCCAAGUUUAAAAUCAGAAUUGAGUAAAUUUAAAGAUGAUCUUGAUGAUUAUCUGAAAAAAAAUUAUCCUUGUGAAUAUAUGAGAUAUAUGUAUAUACUGAAGGAAAAUUUUGAAUAUUUAAAGAGUAUUCAGAAUAAACCUAAUAAGAGUUCAUGUGAUGCUGAUAGGGAAUGCAUGAUCAUGUAUAAUAAACUUUUAGAAAUAGAACCAAAAUCAUAUAACCAGAGUUUAGGUACACAAUUAAAUGAAUUUAUAACUCAAUAUAAUAAAUAUAUGAAAACAAAUCCUGCGUGCGAAGCUCCGGAAAAUUUGUUAUAUUCAUCUUCUCGAUUAAGUGUUGGAAUGGGUCACACUAUUCUAGGUUCAUUUUUUAAAAUCCAAAUAAAAAAGGCUAGGGAAAUAUUAAGGAAAAAUAAAAAUGACCAUUGGAAAUUAAUUCAUUCAUUUAAUAACACAAACAAUGAUUCAAAUUAUUAUAAUUAUGGAAUAGCUUAUUCAUCACAAGAUUAUUAA